AUGGAGAACACCAACUGGCUAGCUAACCACACUGGGUGAUCAGAUUUCACCCUGGUGGGAAUCUUCAGUGAAUCCAAACACCCAGCUCUCCUUUGUUUGGUCAUUUUCGUGCUUUUCCUAAUGGCCUUGUCUGGAAACACCAUCUUGAUUCUAUUGAUACAUUCUGAUGCCCACCUCCACACCCCCAUGUAUUUUUUCAUUAGCCAGCUAUCUCUCAUGGACAUGAUGUAUAUUUCUGUUACUGUGCCCAAGAUGCUCAUGGACCAAGUCAUGGGUAUGAACAGGAUCUCAGACAUAGAAUGUGGGAUACAAAUGUUUCUCUAUGUGACACUAGCAGGUUCAGAAUUUUUUCUUCUAGCUUCUAUGGCCUAUGACCACUAUGUGGCCAUCUGCCAUCCUCUUCGUUACCCUGUCCUCAUGAACCAUCGGGUGUUACACCUUCUAGCAUCUGGCGGCUGGUUUCUGGGCUCAGUGGAUGGUUUCUUGUCUACUCCCAUCACCAUGACCUUCCCUUUCUGCAGAUCUCGGGAGAUACAUCAUUUUUUCUGUGAAGUCCCUGCUGUAUUGAAACUCUCUUGUUUGGACACUUACAUCUAUGAGAUUUUCAUGUACCUGUGCUGUGUCCUUAUGCUUCUCAUUCCUGUGAUAGUCAUUUCAGGCUCUUACUACUUUAUCCUCAUCACCAUCCAUAGGAUGAACUCAGCAGAAGGACAGAAGGCCUUUGCGACUUGUUCUUCCCACAUGACUGUGGUCAUCCUCUUCUAUGGGGCUGCCAUUUAUACUUACAUGCUCCCCAGCUCCUACCAUACACCAGAGAAGGACAUGAUGGUAUCUGUCUUUUACACCAUACUCACUCCUGUGCUCAACCCUUUCAUCUAUAGUCUAAGAAAUAAGGAUGUUAUGGGAGCUCUGAAGAAAAUGUUGAACGCGGGACCUGUCUUUCAAGAAACUAUAAAGUAG